UUUAUUAGACAAAGUUUUUAAAACCCUAACCCUAAUCUAACAAAACGACGGGUUUAAACAUUCAGUUGGGUCUCUGUUUUUCGAGGGUUGUAGGAGGGAGCGGCAGGAGCGUUAAUCGAAGUGCAGGUCACUGGCAGGAAAAAAUGGGUAUCGAUUUGGUAGCAGGAGGGAAGAGCAAGAAGACCAAGCGUACAGCUCCGAAGAGCGACGAUAUUUACCUCAAGCUUCUUGUAAAGCUUUACAGGUUUUUGGUGAGAAGAACCAAUAGCAGCUUCAAUGCCGUGGUUUUGAAGAGGCUGUUUAUGAGCAAGAUCCACAAAGCACCGUUGUCUAUGUCUCGGCUCGUGCGUUAUAUGGAGGGAAAGGAGGGAAGUACUGCUGUGUUAGUUGGUACUGUAACUGAUGAUAAAAGACUUUAUGAGCUACCGGCGUUGAAGGUUGUAGCUCUUCGAUUCACAGAAACAGCUAGGGCCCGGAUUUUGAAGGCAGGAGGGGAAUGCUUGACCUUUGAUCAACUUGCUUUGCUUGCACCAUUGGGACAGAACACGGUUCUUUUGCGUGGACCUAAGAGUCACCGUGAGGCUGUUAAGCAUUUUGGAAAGGCACCUGGUGUCCCACACAGUCACACCAAACCCUAUGUCCGCUCGAAAGGAAGGAAAUUUGAGAAAGCUCGUGGUAGGAGAAACAGCCGUGGGUACAAGGUUUAAACCAUUUAACAGGUUUUCUGGAGCAAUUUUAGGAAAUUAUAGAGACAUAAGGUUUACUACACCUUAUGUGGUAAUUGUAAGCGGUAAUGGUAUAUUGUUGUUUUUAGAACUUCAAAGGUUCAUUUUAAUUCAUGAGACACAAUUUUUUUUGGCUUCUUAACUUUCUGUCAAACAUUGAAUUCUCGUAACUUUUGGCACAGUUUAGCCAAAUUUAUAUCGUGGUCACUUCAAUGUUCAUGGUAUACUGAAUUAUGUUUUUUGAAUGGCUUUUUAAAAUGUGGUUCCUUGUGGCUUCAAGGUUUUGUUCAUAGUGGUGCUUACAGAAAUUAAUUAUUCUGGGUUCCCUGGAACUAUUUCUAA